AUGGAGCUUUUGGCAGACGAGGCGAGUCCAGAGUGGUUGAACAAAGGAGACAAUGCAUGGCAAUUGAUGGCAGCAACAGUGGUGGGUCUACAAAGCAUUCCGGGGCUCGUAAUCCUCUAUGGAAGCAUGGUGAAGAAGACAUGGGCCAUUAACUCUGCCUUCAUGGCUUUCUAUGCCUUUGCGGCCGUUCUCAUUUGUUGGGUUGGGUGGGGUUUUCGCAUGUCAUUUGGCGAGAAAAUGGUUUUCUUCUUGGGGAAACCGGGGGUGGCGUUGGAUGAGAAGUUCCUUUUCGGGAAAGCUUUUUCGGGGCUCUUUCCUACGGCCACCAUGGUGUUUUUUCAGGGUGUGUUUGCUGCGAUCACUUUGAUUUUGAUAGCUGGUUCUUUACUUGGGAGGAUGAACAUUCGUGCGUGGAUGCUCUUUGUGCCACUUUGGGUUACUUUUUCGUACACUGUUACUGCCUUCAGUAUUUGGUGCCCCAACGGGUGGUUGGCGAAGCUUGGAGUUAUUGAUUUCUCUGGGGGAUAUGUUAUUCACCUCUCUGCUGGCGUUUCUGGUUUUACCGCAGCUUAUUGGGUGGGUCCACGAUCGGAGAAGGACAGAGAAAGCUUCCCAUCAAACAACAUGAUUGUGGUGCUUGCAGGCGCAGGCCUGCUUUGGAUGGGUUGGAGUGGGUUCAACGGUGGAGGUCCCUUCGUGGUGAACACGGUGGCAUCUCUCGCCGUCCUUAACACACACGUGUGCGCUGCCACUAGCAUCAUCGUCGGGGUCCUACUUGACACUUUCUACUUCCGCAAGCCCACUGUGUUUGGCGCCGUACAAGGCAUGAUCACUGGCCUCGUUUGCAUCACACCUGCCGCAGGAGUAGUACAAGGGUGGGCAGCAAUCUUAAUGGGCUUGAUCUCAGGAAGCAUUCCCUGGUACACAAUGAUGGUAAUCCAUGAUAAAGUCUCCUUCUUGAAGCAAAUCGACGAUCCCAUGGCGGUGUUCCACACCCACGCCAUAGCCGGUGCUCUUGGUGGCAUUCUCACGGGCCUCUUAGCAGUGCCUAAACUGUGCCGUCUCUUCUACAUGGUGCCAGAUUGGGAAAAAUACAUUGGUCUCGCCUAUGCCCUCCAUGAUGGUGCAACUCAUGCGGGUUUAAGACAAAUGGCCAUCCAAGUUGGAGCCAUUGUUUUUGUGAUUUGCUUCAACUUUGUUACAACCACCUUGAUUUGCUUGCUUGUGGGCAUCAUAGUACCACUCAGGCUUGACACCGAUGUAUUACAAAUAGGUGACAAGGCAUUGCAUGGAGAGGAGGCUUUCGCCUUGUAUGGUGCAAAUUUUGAGAACCUGAAGCGCAAUAAAAUUUAUGAUACUCAAGAUGUUUCAUACAGUAUUAGCGAGUCAAGGUCAUUUGGCCAGAUUCAAAUGGCAUAG